ACAAUAUGAGAGUUCAAUAAAAUACCUGUCUGUAUUUACAUACAAAUAAAUAAAUGUAUCGCUUUAUUUGAACUAUGACUGAUUCGAAGCAACCUUAAUAAUUUAAAGAAAAGUAAAAAUCUUCGGCAAUUUCAAACUUUUACAUUCAUUUCAGGCUAGUCAGUAGAAUUGAGAAUUAAGUAAUAUUUAAAUCAGAUUUCUUCAUAAAAAAAGUUCCGUUGCCGAUACUGCAUUAAAUCAUGGCUGACACAAAUCAAAGAUCUCUUCGAACAGAACCAAUUCAAACUUCAAAUGGCCAGCCGGUUUAUCAAAAUCCUGAAGUUGGAAGACUUCCUGAUAAUGGAUACGUUAGAAUGGACAGGCAAAAUGAAGCUCUUCCUCCGCUACCCAACCAGAAUUCUGAUUGCAAAAAAGCGGAGAAACUAAAAAAAAGUUUGAUGUGGACAGUUCUUACCUUUUCUGUGUUUGUGAUAUGCAUGGCAGGGUUGUUGGCUUGGUGCUUGUAUAUGGUUCUGGAGCAAAGAUAUGGAACUAUUAUGCUGAACGAGACAGAAAGCAAGACAGAAAACGAUUCAUCUUUAUUUAUUCCCACCACAAAUACACCGGAUGAAAAUUUGCCCAAUAAAGCAGUUUCAGCGAAUGUUACAACACAAACUAAAACGCUGGUUGAUGCAUUUGCACUUCUCAAAAAAGCUAAUAUUAAGAUGAAAAGUGCAAUCCGUGUCUCGGGUUGGUACGUAGCAAAAAAUAAUAAGCUGUAUAGAAGAUAUCGCAAAAUGGUAAACUAUACGGAAGCAAAAGAAAAGUGUGAAAUGGUCGGAGCAAAAUUAGCAUCUACUGGAUUGAGAGACAAUCGUAUCAGAAAUGAAUUGAAAAAUAGGGGACUAGCUCCCGAAAUACUGAAUUCCCAUACUUGGAUCGGCUUACGUAAACAUCAAAACAACUUAUGGAUAUGGUCGGAUGAUAUAAUUGCAAACGAUAGAAAUACAGAUUGGGGUCUGUACGAACCAAAUAUGUACAAUGGGUGGACCGAGGCAUGUGGAGAGAUAAAUAUGAGCGGGAUUAAUGACAGAAAUUGCUCAUUGCCAUCUUCCUUUUUGUGCGAAGCAUAAUUAAUCUGUGGUAUAUAAGUAACAAUUUUUUCAAAUAUUACAAUAUUUUGCUAUUUACUUUAUUUUGCCUCGUCUUGAUUCUUGUUUGACGAAUCUAAUUUCUUGCUGUGUUUAAAUAUUCACACCACACCAUGUAAUAUUACUCAAAACGCAACAAAAGGUUUGUUUAGUGAAGUUUGAAAUAAAAUAUUGUUGUACUUUUUAAUUAUUUUAUCGAUUCUUAUUUUAUGAAAUUCAACAAUACUUAUUUCUGAAAUAUUGCUUUAAAUAUUCAAACUAAAAUAACACGUAAGAAUGAGAAACGCUCUAUAGUAUCUUGUUAUCUACUGUCGUACCUAAAAAUAGAAUAUUUUUGGGAAUACCUUAGCGUUAAACUUUUCCGCAAUUUUAUCUGCUUGUCUGGUGUAUUGAGAAAGUCAUUUCUGCCAUUUCAACAUAGCGGAUGCUAAAUUUAUCUUUAAUAAAACACAAGAUUUGCAAUAAUAUCAUGUCUGAAUAGGUUCACUCAUGUGGGUAUUAUAUACUUAAAUAGUGAUCAACAUUGGGGGUAAGCAUAUAAAAAAUUGCUCAUUGUUCGAGCAUAAAUAAUUUAUUUAUAAUGCUUUCCGUUAUGUUUAUUAUUACAAGCUGACGUUGUCUAUGUAUGAUGUAAGUGUGUAUUAUAAAACAGAAGAAAGAACCUUUUGUUGAAGACCGGUUUGACAACUUAUAUUUUUAAAUCUUUCUUAUAUAUGUCCCAUAAUGGCUUAAUUUGGUGAAAAUUUUUGUAUUUUAAUUAAGAAUUAGAGUAUUUCCAAUAUGACUUUAGAAUUUUUGUAUUUCCAAAAUGAAUUUAAUGCACCAUAUAACCAAAAAUGCUUCUGUGUUCCAUUAUUAUAUGAACAUACAUGACUCGCAUAUAACUAAUCUCUUAUUGCGCACCAAAAAAAUAGUCAAUUUUUGUAAUGCAUUUUUUACGCGAAUAACCAAAUUGACAAUUCUUUUAUGCGAACUUGAUUAAAUUAAUCAAUGUAUGUGAUAUAUAUAUUAAAAUAUCGUUAUAACAUUA